GACGCCCCUAAUUUAAAGUAUGAACACAUUUUUCAGAGUGUGGGGGAUAGAAGUGAGAAUAACCCAUAAUUGAAACAACUACUCUAUCGUCUUUGUAGUCUGUAGUGUCUCCUCGUCCCCACCCUUCAUUGAACCCCAGUGGGAAAUUAGCAACCAAUCCAAUCGAUCAAGUCUAGUGGAGUUGUAUCUCUUUUACAGUGGAUUAUUUCUUCCUCAAGCGUCUUCUUAAUCUUCCAUCCUCGCUUCAGCUUCUCUUUCUCUCUUUGGCGUCAGAAAACUAAAGCUCUAGUUUCUCUCCCUCAUCACAAGCCUUUUUAUUGCCGAAGCUGCAGAAGAACCAACCAUUUUCUCGUCUCCCAAACAGCAGAAAGAAAGGAAGAUGAGUCGUAGCCUCUUCUUGAAUCCGUUAUUACCGUUUGAAAUUCGUUCCAAUAGAAAGUUGUCGACCAUCUCGUGCACUGGUCUCGAUAACUCUCAAAAUACAACCUCAGAUGAACGGCAACUCAACCUCUCCGUUCUCCGAUUCACUUUCGGAAUACCCGGAUUGGAUGAGUCGUACUUGCCCAGAUGGAUUGGGUAUGCUUUUGGUUCGCUUCUGCUACUGAACCAUUUUGCAGGAUCAAAUUCAACAACCCCAGCACAACUUAGAUCAGAGGCUCUGGGUCUUUCUUUGGCUGGAUUCUCCAUUGUACUUCCCUACCUGGGGAAAUUUCUCAAGGGUGCGACUCCAGUGGAUCAAGUGGCUCUCCCUGACAGCGCUGAGCAGAUCUUUGCCAUGUCACAGAGUAUUGCAGAAAAUGUCAAGGAGGACUUGGCCUGGGGAACUUAUGUAUUAUUGCGCAACACAAACAGCAUAUCUGUGCUCAUAUUAGUUCAAGGUGCAUUGUGCGUACGUGGCUAUUGGAACACACCUCGAGAUGUAUCAAAAGUUGAUGCACUUGGUUGGUUUCAGAAACAGAUUCAGCAGAUCGGCUUCUCUGAUCUAAAGGACACCCUUUAUUUCCCCCAGUGUGCAGAUUCUGAAAUUUGGGAGAUACUCCCCAAAGGGACUCGUUCUAUAAUUGUACAGCCAGUGUGCCAAGCUCCAAAAGGCGAUGCCGAUCAGGAGGAGAAGAACGAGGGUUUUGUCCUUUUGGCUUCUAGCAUGAGUUAUGCAUAUAGCAAUAAAGACACAGCUUGGAUAGGAGCUGUUGCGAACAAAUUUAGAGGGAUAAGCAUUUUUGCUGAGCAGUAAUCCGUCUGGAAUGAUCCAUAUUUCAUUUUCACCCGCUCUCCUCUUAAAUGUGCGGUGCAGGUGUCGACUUUUGCGAGCUGCUUAUGGGUCGGUUUAUCAUUACUACCUUUUGUACAUUACAUACUCUCAAUGAAUUCUGAUCGUGUACAUAAUUGUAGUUGUACAUACUAAUUGCUACUUCUAUGGGCUAGUAUAAUACUAAAGUAGUAACUUUCUUUGAAGGUCAA